AAGCGACGUGGCGUGCUGACGUUGAAAUGAUUAGCAGCACUGUUCCCAGUCGGUACCAUUAGCCUUUUCCAUUCAGCGACGUACAAGCCAGCCGGUAGUGUUACAGACCAAACUAAACGUUUGAUUGGGACGGGAAACAUGGCCUCGAGUAAUGGUGCGGUCGGCAAAUGGGAAGUGGUGAGGAAGAGCAAGAAAAGUAAUGCGGGAGCUGGGAAAAACACAAAUGAAAAGAAAGGCAACUCUGAGAGUAGAAAAGCUCUCGGGGAGUCCAACCUGCCCUCCAGACUGCCCACAAAGAUGUCAGACAGUAUGUUUGUAGCCCUUGAGAGGAUCCCAAAGAAACAGAACAAGGAGCAGGUUCCACCGCCAAAUCAGCAACAAAACAAGAAGUCUUCUUCAACAAAACUAUCAAAGAAGUUGCCCCCCAGCAAUGCUUCCACCCCUGCCACUCACAGGACUCUAGAAGAAGCCUUUAAAUCGCUGGAUAUCAACGAUAUGAAAGAGCAGUUGGCUAAGAGUCAGACGAUGUUCCCCAAAAACCCAUCAGUGUGGUCAAAAGACCUGGCAGGGUACCUCAACCUCAAGCUGACUGCACCAGUGGUAGAGCCGACCCUCAGCAGUUAUGCUCAUGAUUACCCAUAUUGUCUUACGAGCAAGGAGCUGAAGGGUGUCAUCAAAGGCAUCAUUGGAAAUAUCAAUGACAGCCUGCCAGAUUUCUUUGACUACUGUAUUUACACAAUGCUCCGAGAAUUAGAAAGGCACUCAGGUGAGCCACUGCAUGGAUACAGAGUUUGCAUUCAAGCAAUCUUACAAGACAAGCCCAAAUUGGCAACACAGAAUUUGCCCGAGUAUUUGGAGUUGCUGCGGUCGGUGCAGAAUCAUCCUUCGAAGUGUUUGACCAUCAUGUGGGCUUUGGGCCAAGCUGGAUUUUAUGACCUUAGCCAGGGACUACGAGUGUGGCUUGGUAUCAUGCUUCCCGUCCUGGGAGUGAAGUCGCUGUCAUCCUAUGCCAUUGCUUACCUGGAAAGACUGCUCCACAUCCAUGCAAACCUGACAAAAGGAUUUGGGAUCAUGGGUCCUAAAGAGUUCUUUCCUUUACUGGAUUUUGCCUUCAUGCCGAAAAAUGCCCUUUCAUCAAGUCUCCAGGAGCAGCUAAGGCGCCUUUACCCUCGUCUCAAGGCCUUGGCGUUUGGAGCCAAACCUGAAAGCACCUUACACACGUAUCUGCCGUCGUUUCUGUCCAGAGCAACACCAAACUGUCCGGAAGACAUGAAGAAAGAGUUGCUGAACAGUAUGACAGAGUGUUUGUGUGUGGAUGUUCAGAGUUUAGGAGUUUGGCGACAGCUGUACACUAAACACUUAGCUCAAUCGAGUCUGCUGCUGAACCAUUUGUUGGGCUGCUGGAAUACCUUGCCACCAAAGCUGAGGAAGAAUCUUGAAGAAACGAUUCAAUCGUUCAAAGUGACCAAUGAAGAGAUGAAAGAAAACAACCAGUCUCAGGAUCUUAGUGACUGCAAUAAUCUGUGUCAGAGUCUACAGGUGAAAAUGCGUGGUCGGGGAUUCCCCUGGUCUAAGCUGUUGAUGGUCCUGCUCGUGUUUGCCGCCGGUUUCAUCGUUCAAGACAUCCGAUCACAUGGCUCCUUUGAGAGUUCAACCACGGCUAAACAUCUUCACAGCUCGGGUGUGAUGGGGGUGACUCAGCAGGCGUGGAGCAAAAUCACAGUUUACUCCAAGCAGGGCUUCAGCUGGCUGGAGACCAACAUGCCACAUUAUUACUCUGAGAGCAUACAAACCUUGAGGCCACUGUUAGACCAAGGAUUGGAGAAAACCAGAACAGCAGCCGUCUUCGUUGCUGAAAAAAGCAAAAAUGGCUUCGCGUGGGUCAAAGAAAACAGCCCGCUGCUCAUAGAAUGGGUGCAAAGCAACACUCCUGACAGUGUGUACGAGAUUUUGGCUUAUUUGAAAUCGCUGCUACUCUUCCUCCACCAAAACUACAUAUUGCCAGCAUUGAUGUUUUUAAUAGACCUGCUGCAAUUAGCGUGGACCAACCUGCAGGACUCCUGCAACGGUGAAGUAUCUGUGACGUGUCUGAGAGGGCACGCUUUGUCCUUGACCAACUCCACAUGGCAGCUGCUCCAACACACGACCUCUGCAAUCACGACGUGGGCUCAGGAGCUGCUGACUCCACCAUAAUACACAAUGGACUGAUGUACAACACACACUAACAAUAGUCAAAUCCGCAAGGCGACCUCAUCUGAAGUUGCCUUACACUGUCUGUUCCUCUCUUGAACUGUGAUUGGAUAUUGUAGGUUUAAAAAAAAACAAAAAAACUAACUCCUCUGUAAGUUGGUUUUGUCCACAUUUUUAUCAGGUUUAUAUUUUCAGUUUUUCUACCAAUCUUUUUUCACUGCUGGAUGCAGACACAGGUUGGGUUUUCUACUGUAAAGGUCAGCUUAUGUAAACUUAAAGAUGAUUUAUGAAUUACUUUUAUUCAAAAAUUCUGUAUUGGGAAGCGUUGGAUGAAACGUGGCAAAGUUUGGAAAUGACCAAAAAUCUUUUGUUUAAUUUUAUGUCUUACCUGACCUCAUCGCAACCUUACUCAGAUGUGACCAUACUUACUAGGAUGUCGAAUCACAUCCAGUUUGUGUGUGACUGUGUGUUGUUUUUUUGGGCGCAAGGAAAAGCCUGCUUGCUAACUCACAAUCCGAAUGACCCCAUAACUGCAUUGUUGCUAAAGAGGUGACAACCUGCUGGAAAUAAAGAUCAUUCUUUUCUCAUUCUUUUUCUUUACUUAACAGGUAGGUGUUGUUUGUCUCCGUUUGUGCCCGCUCAGAUACAGAUUUCCAAGACCUUGUAGGUAUUUAAAAAAAAAAAAAAAAAAAAAAGAUUAAAA